CUUUCCCCCACCAUCCCCAUCCCCGCAGCUCCCUCCUUCCUCACUCAUUCACCAGCCCCAUGCUGGCCACUGCUGGUACCCAAAGGCCUUGACCGCAAACAAACCACCAUAGCUCAUGAGAUGGGGCCUUGGCCUGUGUGGGUGUGGAUCAGGGCGGGCUGCCUGGAGGAAGGGGCCUCGGAGCUGUCAGGCAGGCAUUGCUGGCAGAGGCAGAAGGCGGCAGACCAGGCCCAGUGUCCACCAUGCUCUCUGUGACGCCCAUCUCUGGUUGCCUUGGUUUCCCCAUCUGCCCCUGCCCACCCCCCCCCCCCAUUACCCGGAACCCUGACCAGUGGGUGGGCCACAGCCUGGAAUCCGCUGCCUGGAGUAACCGGAGAAACAGAACUCCGCAGGACUCUGUGCCUCCGCUCUGGGUGGGCUGCCUGUGCUCCCACUUGCUGCCCUCCUGGCCUGCGCGGCCAGGCCCCCGCCUCCCCAUGCAGCACCCCAAACACUUCUACGCACCCGCCGCUCCCCAAGAAGGCUUCAGUCCCCAGAGCCUGGACGCCACCGAAGGGCCCGGCAGCCAGCCUGCUUCUGCCUGCACAGAGCCUCUUCCUGUUGUGGGUUCCUCCAACGUCUGUCACCCUCCAAACCUGGAGAAAGAGGUGUUUCCAGCUCCUCCAGCAGACGUGCCCCACGGUUUGGACCUCCUCCACCCCAGGCGGGUCCCAGAACUGCCCCUCUCAGGGCCACCCUCCCUGGCCACAGGUUUCCAGAUGGCUCCCUGCGGCUGCUUCUUUGACCCCCGCGUCUACCGAAUCGAGUGGACCACCACCGACUUCGACCAGUCGUCCCUGUACAAGCUGGCGGCCAGGGGCCCCGCCUCGCCGGGCACCUACUUCCUGGACGCACAGCACUGCCUCAGGGCCCCGGUGCCGCCCCCACUGUUACCCCACUACCAGCCGCCCCCCGCGGGGCCCCGGUACCGCAUGCCCUGCUUCCCGCCCGAGGGGCCCGGGCCCGAGGCCCUGGGCUUCGUAGGGGACGGAGUGCCCCCCGCCUUGGUCAAGCAAGGCCUGGCGCCCCUGCUGCCCCCCAAGGAGAGCGAGCUGCCCCCGCUGCUCAUCACGCUGCCCGCCGAGGCCACGCUGCCCCCUGGCGCCUAUGGCCCUCUCAGGGGCCGCUUGACCCAGCUGGAUGGGCCCGGCGAGCCCCUGACCUUCACCUUCAAGGAGCCGCCCCCUGGCGCCGGGCCCGGCCUGCUGUACCCGCCGGGCCCCACCGAGCCCAAGGCGGCCCCGCCGGGGGCAGGCGAGGCCAGGACCCCUGAGGUGGCCAGGGCCUUCACGCCGCCCAAGAAGGUGAUGCUCGAGGACGCGAUGAAGCUCUUUGACUGCCUGCCGGGCGGCCCCGAGCCCGCCGGGGCCCCAUGCAAGUCCCCUGGGCCUGCCCUGCCCAACAGCGGGGGCAGUGGGAACGACUCGUUCAGCGACAUCCGCUCAUUGCACCUGCCCGACGAGCUGCUGUCCUCGGACUACAGCGUGCCCGAGGUCCUGGAUAUCGUGUCCGACAUGGACUUCUUUUACAACUUAAAGGCGCUGGACGAGGAGCCGCCGCCCUGCCCGGGGGUGCCCCCCACCGCCAAGCCCGGCAAGAGGAAGGCCGGCAACCCGACUGCCAGGAAGGGGAGGCAGGGCAGCAAGGGCAAGCAGGCUGUGGUCCCCACCAGCGCCACCCCAUUGGGGCCCAGGCAGGACCUGGGAGCCGCCCCCCAUUAAAGCGGAUUUGAGCUGUU